GAACAAAAUUAAGUUGAUGCUGAGGUAGUUUUGUGUGCUGGAAAGGAAAUGAACCAACACCCAAGGCCUGGAUUCUAGUCCCAACUCUAAACCGUUGCUCCGCUGAACAAUCCCAAGCAAAUGAUGGCAUGUCUCCGUCUGCCUCUCCCUAAAUUAAGACGGAAGUACCUCCAGAAUCCCAGCAGAUGAAGAUUCACUGGUAAAUCGAUCAGGAUUUUUGGCCUACGCUCCAAAGAAAAGGAGCGGAAAGAAUGUCGGAGCGGGCCGCGGAUGACGUCAGGGGGGAGCCGCGCCGCGCGGCGGGCGGAGCAGCGGCCGCCCGGCAGCAGCAGCAGCAGCCGCCACAGCCUCUGCAGCCCCAGCGGCAGCACCCGCCGCCGCGGCGCCCACGGCCGGAGGACGGCGGCUCCGGGGCCGCCACCGCCUCGGCCGCCGCCAUGGCGACGGUGGGGGAGCGCAGGCCCCUGCCCAGUCCCGAAGCGAUGCUGGGACAGUCGUGGAAUCUGUGGGUGGAAGCUUCCAAACUUCCUGGGAAGGAUGGGACCGAAUUGGAUGAAAGUUUCAAGGAGUUUGGGAAAAACCGCGAAGUCAUGGGGCUCUGUCGGGAAGAUAUGCCAAUAUUUGGUCUCUGUCCGGCUCAUGAUGAUUUCUACUUGGUGGUGUGUAACGACUGCAACCAAGUUGUCAAACCGCAGGCAUUUCAAUCUCAUUAUGAAAGAAGACAUAGUUCAUCUAGCAAGCCUUCCUUGGCUGUUCCUCACACUUCAGUAUUUUCCCUCUUCCCCUCUCUGUCCAAAAGCAAAGGCGGCAGUGCCGGUGGAAGCAGCCGGCCUCCCAGUGGAGGGGCCGUCUGCACAGCCUCAUCAAGCUCCAAGUCACUCAAAUUGCCCAAAGAGAAACUGCAGCUCAGGGGGAGCAUCAGGCCCAUGCAUCCCAUGCAACAGACUAAAGUCCCCCAUGGUAGAGUCAUGACGCCCUCUGUGAAGGUGGAAAAGGUGCAUCCGAGGAUGGACGGCACACUCCUGAAAUCCACAGUGGGGCCUGCCUGUCCUGCUGCUGCGAGCUCUGCAGUCAAGCCUGGCCUUAACUGCCCCUCAAUACCAAAGCCAACCUUGCCUUCGCCCGGACAGAUUCUGAAUGGCAAAGGGCUUCCUGCAACACCCGCUCUGGAAAAGAAACCUGAAGACACUUCUAAUAAUAGGAAGUUUUUAAAUAAGAGAUUAUCAGAAAGAGAGUUCGACCCUGACAUCCACUGUGGGGUCAUCGAUCUGGAAACCAAGAAGCCCUGCACCAGGUCUUUGACUUGCAAGACACAUUCCUUAACCCAGCGGAGAGCUGUUCAGGGUAGAAGAAAACGAUUCGAUGUGUUAUUGGCCGAGCACAAAAACAAAGCCAGGGAAAAGGAAUUGAUUCGCCAUCCAGACUCUCAGCAGCCACCACAUCCUCUCAGGGACCCGCAUCCCACCCCUCCUCGGAUGCUGCCACAGGAGCCACACCUUUCUUCAGAAUCGAAGCCUUUUGUAGCUAGUAAACCGAAACCUCAUACCCCUAGUCUUCCAAGGCCUCCAGGCUGCCCUGCUCAGCAGGGUGGGAGUACCCCCAUUGACCCUCCUCCCGGCCACGAGUCUCCACACCCUCCCUUACCUGCCACUGAGCCAGCGUCUCGGUUAUCAAGUGAGGAGGGUGAAGGCGAUGACAAAGAAGAGUCUGUUGAAAAACUGGACUGUCAUUAUUCAGGGCACCAUCCUCAGCCAGCAUCGUUUUGCACAUUUGGGAGCCGGCAGAUCGGAAGAGGUUACUACGUGUUUGACUCCAGGUGGAACCGCCUUCGCUGUGCCCUUAACCUCAUGGUAGAAAAACAUUUGAAUGCACAGCUAUGGAAGAAAAUCCCACCAGUGCCCUGUACUACGUCACCUGUAUCUGCCCGUAUUCCUCACCGGACAAACUCUGUGCCGACUUCACAAGGUGGGAUCAGCUACUUUGCAGCAACCACUGUCUCUACAUCCCCAGUUAUGCUGUCGUCCACCUGCAUCUCCCCAAACAGCAAAUCAGUACCAGCUCAUGGAACCACUCUAAAUGCACAGCCUGCUGUUUCGGGGGCAAUGGAUCCUGUGUGCAGUGUGCAAUCCAGACAAGUAUCUGCUUCAUCCUCAUCCCCCUCCACACCCUCCAGCCUCUCUUCAGUCCCCUCCUCCCCUCUGUCCAGAAAACCUCAGAAAUUGAAACCUAGCAAGUCUGUAAGGCCCAAGGAGUCUUCUGGUAACAGCAGUAACUGUCACAAUGCCAGUAGCAGUACCAGUGGUGGCUCAGGAAAGAAACGCAAAAGCAAUUCCCCACUGCUAGUUCAUUCUUCCUCCUCCUCGUCGUCCUCCUCCUCCUCUCAUUCCGUGGACUCGUUUAGGAAAAACUGCGUGGCUCACCCUGGGACUCCAUACCUGUCGACCACAGCAUCUUCCCACAGCCUCGGCCUCAACUGUGUGACAAACAAAGCGCCCUCGGUGAGCCUGCGGCACGAGCAGGCAGGGAGAGGUCCUCCUGGUGUGAGCCCUGCGGAGCCCAUCAAGAGGAUGAGUGUAAUGGUGAAUAGCAGUGACUCCACUCUUUCUCUCGGGCCAUUCGUUCAUCAAGCCAAUGAGCUGCCUGUCAACUCCCAGGGCAGCUUUCCACACUCACACACUCCUCUAGACAAACUCAUAGGAAAGAAAAGAAAAUGCUCUGCGGGCUCUAGCAACGUCGGCGACAGUGGCAGCAAACCUACAAAGCUUGCCAGAUUGCCAGCCAUGAACAACGUCCACAUGAAACACACAGGCACCAUCCCGGGGGCCCCAGGACUGACGAACAGUGCCCUCCUUCAUCAGGAUAUCUUCUCUCCUUGCUUACGAACAGGAAUUGCAGCAGCAGCACCCCAGAGCCCUGACUUAAAAACCAAAGGCACGUCCCUGACAGCUGAUAAUACCACUGGAAGGAAUAAUGCAGACAUUUUUGAAGACAAGUUACACCUCUGCUCAGCACUCUGGACCCCACGAUGCCUUUGAGUCUCUGUAAACUCCUGUGGGCUCCAGGGUAACCUGUGGCUGUCUCCCAAGGAUUUCCUGACACUGUGUCUGUAGCAGUGAGUACCCAGAAAGGACACUGGAUCAAGUUCAGCCACCAGACUGCUUUAUCAGUGGUAAAGUGGUCUGACUGCUUGCUACCAAUCUGUGAGAAGUUUUUGUUUGUGUUUUUUGUUUUUGUUUUUAACUUGCAGCAUAUCAUGGAGCCACUCUUGAAGUAGAUUGGCUGGGCAAAAGAAUGUUUUGGCAAGAGCGUUACUGUAGACUCUCCUCCUCCUCCUCCUUUUUUCCGCCAGAAUUUUUUUGUUUUGUUUUUUGAACACAUUCUCACCUGUAGGUCAUUCUCCAGCAGGUAGACACCUUAACUGGAGACUGGAGGCCUUCCAAAGAAAAGGGAGCGAGUUGCAUCCUAAGUAGCCUCCUAGAGGAUAUCUGGCUUUAGACUUUCUUUUAGCAGUGUUCAGGAAUAGAAUACUGAUGUUGGUCAGUGCAUCAAGACAUAGUAGCCAAGCCUUUCCCUGUAAUGUGGGAUAAGAAGCUUAUCAAGUUCUUCCAACUUAAGAACUGGUUUGAAGCUGCUCAUACCCGGAUAUUAAGUUGAAAGUAUCUCAGAAGCUUAGUUUUCAUGGUACAAAAGCAUGUGUGAUAAAGAGAGAAAGAAAGGAAGAAUGAAGAAAAGGAAGACGGAGACAAAAGGAAAACUAGUUUUGGUGAUGAAAAGCCAGUUGGGACACCGGAUUUGGGGAAGUGAAAAAAAUCACGAAGUGGAGCAAAACUUGCAGGAUUUCCAAAGAGACGGACUCUUCUUGUUAAUGCGUUCAUUGUUGAACAGUGUCAGAGUGGGCUGAUCGCCUUACUCAGUCUGCUUUUUAAGAUUUGCCUUUUUAAAGUUACUAUGAUGUCCUUAAAUAUUUCCAAGGCAUUACUCCCAUUUCCUCUUUCAAUAUUGUUUGGAGAAGUGUAAGUUUCUGCUUUCAGGACUGCUGUCAUUGUGUCUGUGUCACAGCUUCCCUUCAGGCCACUAGAGAUGUGUAUUUGGAUGCAGGUAGGCUGAGGAGCAGACCCCCCCCCCAAGAGAGGGUGGUCCUAGCGCCUUGUAUGUGCCCAUGGGGGGCAGCUUCGUGAGGGUCAACAGUGUUUACUCAUACACACCCUCCUUUCUUGUGAUUGACAGCCAACUUCCUUGAGUGAAUUGUAAAGCCCUCUUAAGAUUUUUCAGUACCCCACUCCCAAAGAAUGUUUAAUAUGUAAAAACGUUGCUUGAAAAGUUGUCUACCAGUGAAAUUUGGGGAUGAUCUAGGGCCAGUACCACAGCUCCUGCACAGACAGCCAAGUCCUCUGGCUUAGGAGAGUACAAUAGAGUGGCCGAAAGUGCAGUCCCCAAGGCUCUUACCCUUGUCUUGGCCGGUGUCUGGGCAGAGCCCAGGCAGUGGUCCUUCCCCUAUAAUUCUUAGGUUACAAACUUGAGUUUCAGGGAAUUUCAGUCAACAACAGGUAGAAUGAAUAAAUACUUGGUUACCAGCCUAAUAAUGUGAAUUGCUACACUUACUCUUAUUCUUUAAGAACACAAACACUUUAUGCAGAUACUUUAACUAUAAAUUAAUGUAAAAUGUUGAAUUUUUCUAAGGGAGGGAAAACAGAGUUUUAUUCACUUAUGCAAUCAAUCAGUGAAUGUUUUAAAGAUGAUGUUAGGAGAGAACUCUAAGGAGAGCAUGGAUGACCAGUGUGGUCAGGUUAGGAGGGAUCGGUCUCUCCCGGCCCAGAGGUGGGAAAGGAGGAAAGAGGGAGUCAGUUACAUAGUAAUUACUUGGUGACAAGUGCAAUGGGUGUGGGUAGAAUUUAUUCUCAGAGCCAAGGGGACUUGAUGGUUAUAAAUUAAGUUGCUUUUAGUGAUGGAAUUUAUAGACAGGUCAUGUUGUUCCGAAAGAUGUGAAUAGGAGCCACAAUAGGAAGUUUAUUCAGAAUAAAGUAGAGACUUAGAUUAGUGAGUGUUAUAAUUUGAUUUCUUAGACUGGGGUUUUAAUUGAACUUCAUUAUAUCCCUGGGUAACACACAUAGCCUUGGGAUGAGGAAAAGCCAUUUUGGAUUCUGCCUGCCACAAACAGACAUAUUCUAAACAGUGCUACUAAAGUUUAGACUGUUCAAAUACUUUAUUUUCUCUGACAACUACUUUUUAUGAUGAUGAACAGUUAAGACCAUUUAAAAUAUGGGAGUACAAAUAUUUUUUGAAUUAGAUUAACUUGCAAAAACCAAAUUUGCAGUACUUGGAUUGUUUCUAGACAGACUUUGGUGUCAGUUUAAAACCAAGAUAAUUUUUAUAUUCUUUCCAAUAGAAUUCAUGACAGCUUCUGCAGUUUUCUUAAACUACAAAAAAAAGUGCUGCAAUGAUGAACAAAGAAUUAUUUAAAAAAAAACUACUUUUGUAUCUUUAUUUUGGAAUUUCUUGUUCUAUUAUAAAUAUGGAAGUAUCCCUAUUUCAGAAGACAUAUUUUGUUAAAAAUGAAUUGUACAUAUUUAAAUAUGUAUUUUUGCACAGGUCUUUUUUUCUGAUAUCCUGUUUUGGUACAAUUGAGAUCAUCUAGUAUUUAUUUAUUAAUUAAUAAAAAUAAAUACCUUUUUAUAAUUUGAAGUGGUUCACUGCCAAGCCAAUAGUUUAGAACCUGCCUCCUUUACAGUUAAGGGAUGCCUCUGUUCUGUGAAAGUCUCUGUCCCUUUUAGUGUCCCGGAGUGAAUUCAUACAGAUGAAGUGGGCGUGGCUUCUUUCAGUUGCCUGAUUUCCAUUUAGACUACAUGGAACCAAGUGACACACUGCUUUUCUUUGUUUAGUUGUGUGUGUGUGUGUGUGUGUGUGUGUGUGUGUGUGUGUGUGUGUGUGUGUGUGUGUGUGUGUGAAUACUCUGAGCACACCUGUGUUAUUAGUAUGUGAUGUGGUUUAAACUAAUGGGGAAAACAAAACAAAGCUGAAAAGUGCCUGAACCUAGUUUUAGCUCAGACAGAUUCUCUUUAAAGACUUGAAUGCUGAGUUGAACUUCUGGAGUUUGCUUUUUCCACCUACAUGUUAUCUCUAAAGUUUUAGGGGAGAAGUUAAAAGCCAUCAAGGCUAGUAAUUUUUAUAAGGUAUUUUAAAAUUAAGACUUUUGGUUCACAGUAAUUUAACUGGCAAUUGACUGCCCAGUGCCACCAAGGGGUUAUAAACCGAUGUCAGCCAGCAGCUGUUUUGUUACUCACUCAUGAAAUACAGAGUUUAAGAUAGGAUAUUUAAAAUAUUUUGUAUAAAAAAUACAAGAAGUACCUCUGAGAACAUUGAAACAAAUGUUUAAUUUGAAAAACAAUGUAACUUAUAAAGGCAGCUGUCUUCCUGUAAGAGUUCUGUUGCCAAGGGAUUUCUUAAUGUCUCCAUUCUGUCCUGGGUCUGGGAAAAGUUAGGCUUUGAAAAAUGAUUGUUAAAAGUUUCAUUGUUUAAAAGAAAAUAAUCAUUUUUACAUCUUGUUGUAAAACAUUUUACCUUUUCAGAUCACUUAAAUGAGCACUACAUAUUGUCAGUGUGAAUGCAGGGCCUUGAAAGAAUUUUUUUUUGAGCUUGGUUAUAAAAGCAAUCUCCUGUGUUAAAUAAAAUGUGUGAAUAGUUUGAUAAAUGUGUACACAUAAUCAAGAGCAUCUCAGCUGGACUUUGUGUUGGCUGCUGUAUAGAAAUGAACAAAUGUCAAGGGAUAGAAAAUUACUUUGGAUAUUUAAAAGAGAAGAAAUAUAAUAGUCUAUUUGUUUUGUAACAAGUUUCUGUAAAUAAAAUAAUUUAUACUAUUUAUAAGAAAAAGUUGUGCUUUGCUUUAUGAGAAACUAGUUUGUUGAACAAACCUGUUAUUAAAUGGGCAAUAAAAUUAGGACUUCUCAAUAAAUAAGGUUGGCUGCA